CUCUUAAUGCUGAAGAAUUACCUGAAGAACAAGAGGGUUAUGAAAAAGAAAAGGCUGAAGAGAGUAAUUGGCAAAUAGAGAACAAAUUAGAAAAGGAUAUUAAUGAAGAAUAUGAUGACGAUAGAGAUUAA